CCUGCAAAUCCCUGAGAGUGUGUGGAUGGCGUGGGCUUCUCUCCUCCAAACCAGCACAGCAUCCUCAUCAUCACUCGGUUCACAGAGACAGCCCCGUACGCAUCAUCAUCCUCAUCUUCCUCCCCAUCCUCCUCAUCACCAUCUCUGAAGAGGGAGCACCGCGCAGGGAGAGAGAUAUAAGAAAAACCAGUUUACAUUCAAGUCAGUCACCUUGUUGGAUCGUUGUGGCACUCCUUCAAUAAAUUCAAACAGGUGGUUUCUCCACUUAACCUUUGACCACCUUUACAUUUGCCAAACCUCUUUAAAAUGGAGGAAGGCUACCAAAACCGGACUGCCUUCAUAAAAGGUGCCAAAGACAUUGCCAAAGAAGUCAAACGACAAGCGAGUAAGAAGGUCGGCCGUUCGGUGGAUCGAGUGACCGAUGAGUACAGCAAGCGCUCCUAUAGCCGCUUUGAGGAGGACGAUGAUGAUGACUACCCGACACAGGGCAGCCAGGAUGGAGGCUAUUACCGCGGAGACAGCCAGGCGGCCAACGAUGAAGAGGGCGGCCACAGUGACUCCACAGAGGGCCACGAUGAAGACGAUGAGAUCUACGAGGGCGAGUACCAGGGGAUUCCCAGGGCAGAGUCGGGAAAGGGAAGCCUUGCAGGAGGCCCAGGGUCGGUGAGGGCCGACGCUCAGCAGUUCAGAGACAUCGGAGUGUCUGAGGCAGAGAGGAGGAAGGACCAGGAGGAGCUGGCUCAACAGUACGAGACCAUUCUACAGGAGUGUGGUCACGGGAAGUUCCAGUGGACCCUGUACUUUGUGCUGGGGCUGGCUCUAAUGGCGGAUGGUGUGGAGAUCUUCGUGGUCGGGUUUGUGCUGCCCAGCGCUGAGAAGGAUAUGUGCCUGUCCGAACCCAACAAGAGCAUGCUGGGUCUGAUUGUAUACUUUGGGAUGAUGGUGGGGGCGUUCCUCUGGGGGGCUCUGGCUGACCGGAUAGGUCGUCGACAGUCUCUUCUCAUCUCUCUCUCCAUCAACAGUAUCUUCUCCUUCUUCUCCUCUUUCGUCCAGGGAUACAGCACCUUUCUGUUUUGCCGGCUCCUCUCAGGUGUUGGGAUCGGUGGCUCAAUUCCCAUCGUGUUUUCAUUCUACUCUGAAUUUCUGGCCCAAGAGAAACGUGGUGAGCACCUCAGCUGGCUCUGCAUGUUCUGGAUGAUCGGGGGAAUAUAUGCAUCUGCCAUGGCCUGGGCUAUAAUCCCACAUUAUGGAUGGAGUUUCCAGAUGGGCUCUGCUUACCAGUUCCACAGCUGGCGUGUGUUUGUUUUAGUGUGCGCUUUUCCCGCUGUUGCUGCCAUCGCUGCCCUCAGUGCCAUGCCGGAGAGCCCACGCUUCUACUUAGAGAAUGGCAAACAUGACGAAGGCUGGAUGAUUCUGAAGCAAGUUCACGACACUAAUAUGCGAGCAAAGGGACACCCAGAGAAAGUGUUUUCUGUCACCACAAUUAAGACGGUGAAACAGAUGGACGAGCUGGUGGACACUGGCACCGACACUCCCAUCUGGCAGCGUUACCGGCUGAAGAUCAUGAGCCUCUCCCAACAGAUCAAGGACAACAUUCUUGCGUGUUUCAGCCCAGAGUAUAAACGGAGGACUUUCAUGCUCAUGGCCGUUUGGUUCACUAUGUCUUUCAGCUACUAUGGACUGACGGUGUGGUUCCCCGACAUGAUCAAGUACAUCCAGAGGCAGGAAUAUGAAGCACGCACAAAGACCUUCACUAAGGAGCGAGUGGAGCACGUCACCUUUAACUUCACCCUGGAAAACCAAAUCCAUCGCCAAGGACACUACUUCAAUGACAAGUUCCUGAACCUGAAGAUGAAGUCGAUGGUGUUUGAGGACUCUAUGUUUGAGGAGUGCUACUUUGAGGACAUCACCUCCACACACACCUUCUUCAGAAACUGCACUUUUAUUGCAAGUUUGUUCUACAAUACAGAUUUGUUCAAAUACCGGUUCGUCGACUGUAAACUCUUCAACAGCACAUUUCUGCACAACAAAGAGGGCUGCAUCCUCGACUUCAGCGACGACUUCAACAAUGCCUACAUGAUUUACUUUGUCAACUUCCUUGGCACGUUGGCUGUGUUGCCUGGCAACAUCGUGUCAGCUCUAUUAAUGGACAAAAUUGGUCGUUUAAGGAUGCUCGCCGGUUCCAGUGUCAUUUCUUGUGUCAGCUGUUUCUUCCUGAUGUUUGGAAACAGUGAGUCAGGGAUGAUUGCCCUCUUGUGUCUGUUUGGAGGAAUCAGCAUUGCCUCGUGGAACGCUCUGGAUGUGAUCACUGUGGAGCUCUACCCCUCAGAUAAAAGGUGCACGGCUUUUGGUUUCCUGAACGCUCUCUGUAAGCUGGCCGCUGUCUUGGGCAUCAGCAUCUUCCAGUCCUUCGUCGGCAUCACCAAAGCCGUACCCAUCUUAUUUGCCGCCGGUGCGCUGGCCGCAGGUAGUUUCCUCGCAACAAAGUUACCUGAGACACGAGGCCAAGUGUUGCAAUAAGAGACACGGCCAGCAGUGGGCAGCAGGAGCACAGCUGGUCGUGUGUUGUUCGACAACUAGAGCCCUAACAUCCCUGAGAGCUUCAGCGCUGCCUGUCACACACCAACAGAACAGACCGCCAUCUCCAUUGUUAGCCCAAGAAUCCUUUGAAAUAUGGACUGCAUCAUUCAAAGUCUUCGCAGAGCCACAGUGACAAGACAAAGGGUACUAUCAGGUACAAAAGAUCCUUUUUAAAAAAGUGUGUUCCAACAGGUUGAUGCAGUACAACAUAAGGUGUGAAGUAAGGAUCGCAUGCUAUUUGUUUUUAGUAUUUUUAUGGGCCAACAGAUCCGUAAUUCCAAACACAAUUGAGGGAAAAGAGAUGUCAAUUAAAGAGGCUACAGUAUUUAUUUUUAUUUUUAUUUUUUCAAUUCUGACCUUGGCCUUGUCGACUGACUUUCAGAGCUUGUUUUUACUUAAGUGUGGUGUUUACAAUUCACUCUACAUUCACAGCCAGACUAAUACAAUAUUUUUCUUUUAGGAUCCAUCAAAUGAAUUCAAUCAAGGGGAACUAUAUAUUCUUUAAAAAAAAAUGUAAAAAAAAAAAACGCCCCUGACUCUUGACCACUGCCUGCUUCUGAAAGCCAGAUUUUCUGAGAGCUCUUAUUUUCUACCAAAUACGAUCUAAACAUUCCACUGAGGCCUGAUUUAUUCAGAAUGUUUCUUAUGUCCCUGCAUAAGUCACCUCUCCUCCUCUUCUUUACGACCUCAGACACUCAAGACAGGCCGAUCUGUUCUAAGCGGUACAAGUUUGAUCCAGCUUCUCGAUGUUCAGUGUGAAACUCAUGUUUUAAUCCCAUGUUGUCGAAUCAUACAGCUGCGGCAAAAACACGGGAACAUCUGAGGAAUGGAUUUUGUUCUAGUGUCUCGAUGUGAGAGCAGAUGCUGUUGGUGUAAAAAUGUUGCCUGAAGUAGAAGUCAUGUGUGUGGGACUGCAUGUGUGUUAUGUGAGAUAAGACAAAACGUUGGUUUACUUGUUUCGACUCCUUCAUUUCAUCGCAGCAGUGCGGACCAUAGUUUACUGUUCCAACAGCAGAAUGUACAGAGCAGCAGUCACACAUUUUAGACAAAUUAUAACUAAAUACAUGAAGUAGCUCAGGUGUGGUGUACUAUUUAGACCAUGUUUACAACUGAUAUUGUGUUUUACCACCACUCAACCAAAUAAUUGUACACACAGGAUAUUUAAUUACCCUCCAGCUCCAUCCAAUAGUUUCAUUUAUCAGUCUUAAUGUCACAAUAAGUUACCAACGAGUCAUUUGAUUUGUCAUUUUAACCCCUCAAACGUCAGAAAAUGUUAAAUUAAUGUCCAGUUAUUUGCUUCUUCUUUUUUUUAUUAGUCUGCGACUUCAUCUGACUAUCCUCAGAUUGUUUUAGUCUUUUUAUUUUAAGGCACACAACAACUCAGUUUCCAUUCUUUAUAUAGUGUUACACCCCCUAGAUGUCAUAAUGUUGCUUCAUUUUUACUCAUUAACACAAAUUAAACGGGACCAAAAGAAGAAAAAUCUGUAAAGAUGGAUCAGUCAGUGUGACACAAAAAGGAUACUAGAGAUUACAAAAUAUGGCUCUUAUUUAAUUUUAAGGGCUCUGGUUCCUUUUAUUACAUUACUGCAUCUAUUUUACCAGGUGGAGAAAUUGUAUCAUGAAAUAUGUUUCUGUAUGAUACUGCUCAAUCCGCCUGUAAGAGAAUUUACAGAAAAGUACACACAGAGGACAAGAGAGAAUGAGUCAUCUCUGAAUUUGUCAGAAUCCUUCUGAAGCUAAUGACUACCAGUAUUGAUACAUAUCACUACUUCAGUAUCAUUUCACCAAAGCUGUACGUCAAUAUGUGGGCUGACAAUCAUUGAGUGAGAUCAUGGAUGCUGCUGCUGCCCAUUCUCGUGUGUUGUUUGACCUCAAGACAUCCUCUGGAAGUGCGUGUGUGUGUGUUUGUGUGUGGAUGUUUAAGACGUAAGAGGCUUGUGGGUUAGCCACUCAUAAUGUAACUCAAAAACAGAAACUUCAGAAAGAUGAUGGACAUUAGCAGUAAAAGUUUUCUGACAUCUUUUGUGUGCGUGUGUGUAGAGAGAGAGACUUCAAAAUAGUUAAACAUUUUGACAAGUUGAAUUAAUCACAUCAUAGCCUGCGUGCUAAGCAUGUGGUCAAAGUCAGGAUGUGAUUAGCUUAGCAUAGCAACCAAACCGAAAAACAAAGGGAAACGGCUAGCCUGCUUCAGCCAAAGGUCACAAAAAUUGGAAGAAAUUGGAUGGAACACAACUCCCCUAAAACCACACCAUGAUUUAAUAGCCUACAAUUCCCAGUUUUAACAGGAUGUGAACUAUCUUCCACUUGGUAAAAAAUGUUAACCACAGUAGAUUCAGAAUAUCCCAGGCUUGUAAUUUCACCACGUUUCCAGUCUUUGUGCCAAGCUAAGCUAAUAACCUCCAGGCUGCAGCUACAUAUUUAGGGCUCAGGCAUGAACAUUAACACAUUUCCUCAAGUGGUGAACUGUUACUUUCUGUCAAAUGUAGAUUAUUUCAAAUGCUGUUGCUGUUUUGUGCACAGUUAAUGAACAAGUAUGUCCUGUCCUUGUGUUAGAGAGACUAUUUGGAUGUGUCUGUAAUGUGUGUAUGGAUGUGUGUGGAUGUUCAUAAUGUUACUCUAAAUCGUCUGUUACAUAUUUUUCUACUUAUUUGUGUUGUGUUUUCAUCUUGGUGAUGAAUACAGCUCAGUUUGGGACCACGGAAAUAUAUUUACACUACAAGAAGAUAAAAACACCUAUUGCUAUAUAUGCAUUGUAGACUUUAUUGGGUUUUUUUUCUUUGUAAAAGACUUGGGUGCUCUUCAGCUGAUACAAAUCCCAUGAAUAAAAGCCAGUCUCAGAGGCUUGCCUCUGUUUAGAAAUGCAGUAAAGGAUCACAUCUAAAAUUCACGAUAAUGACUUAACCCUCUAAUCCUUCUGUAUUCAACGGAUCGUGACGCAUGUUUGUAUUGUAUUGUCUGAGUUCUUGGACGUCCUGUAUGCCAGCUGUUUUUGUCUAAAGCAAGAACUAGUGUUUUCAUUGUUGUAUGAUGGCAUAGAUUUGUUGCUUGCAGUGAUUGUUUUGAAUCAAAGUGGGGUUAAAAUUGGUGAAAGUAUGUGUUCUGAAAGUAAGUAAGUGGUGGCUGUGCUCCUUGUUUACCUUGGACCCAUGUUGCCCUUCAUAAAAUAUAUAUGCCUGAAUAUGAGGAGGACACUCUUAAUUGUGCAAUUCGUCUUGUCACAGAGGUGCAAGAUUUGGCCGGCAAAGGCAAUAGACUUAGGCAAAGGGAGCCAAAAAAGUGCAUAAACUAUGUACAAUUCGACACAAACUUCUUUGUACAUAUGAGUCGGUUUAAAAGGGGAAAGUGAAAGCAUUUAAAGUGGACACAUUCCCAACUCUGAGAACAGAGGUAAACCCAAUUGCAGAAGGACAAAGGUUUACCAACCCAACAAAAGAGCAACCUUUGUCAAAUUGACACUCCUGUUCAAAAUGUAGUUAACUAUUUAAUGUUACUAUGUGUAGAAUUCAGUCUGAAUAUAUAUAUAUAUAUACAUACAUGUACAAUCUAUCAAUAAGGUCACUGGUUUGAGUUUUAUCCAUGAUGACUGCAUUUAUACGACGUGUUCUAAAUAAAGCAGACACCUGUCUGAAGAAUCAGUCCUGAAGUGCCGACCAAGCAAGAAAACAACUCCAUCAUCUGCAAAGAACUUUAUCCUUCACUGUAGUUUGGACUGAAGGAAUUUAUGUUUGCUUUUAUUUUUCAGUUUGACUCUGACCCGUUUAUGAAAUGGUUAAAAAAUUCUCUAAAUGUGAGUUCAAUUCAAAAAUCAAUGUGCUGUGUGUAGAAACUGUAGAUGUUUGUACGUGCAAGUUUGGAAAUUGUGGAACAAAAGAUCAAGGAAAACAAUUCCAAAAAAAAAAAAAAAAAAAAAAAAAAGAAAAGUUCAAUGAGACACAAAAUCUAUUGUGUGUUGUCUUUGUGUUUUGUAAAUGACUGAAAAUCUUGGUAAAUUCAGUAUUUAUUACUUCUGGAUAUUGACAAUAUUUUAGUGAUGCUGAAAAGGUGCUGUAUAUGUGAGAGUUGUUCAUUCUGCUGGUAUCGACACUUUUGUGCCAUUAUCGGCUUUCAGUUCUAUGACAAAAAUAAUAAAUUAAGAAAAUAAAACGUAUGUCAUGGUUUGC